AUGGCCCAGGAGGAGGGUGGGAGCCUGCCCGAGGUGCGGGCGCGGGUCGGGGCCGCGCAUGGCAUCCCCGAACUGGCCCCAAAGCUCCACUUCUAUGACCGGACUCCUCACUACGACCAGGAUGUGGCCACCCUGCAGUACCAUGCCCCCCGCCUCGCAGGCCUCACACAAACCCUUCCAGGCCUGCCCCACAGUGCCCUGAUCCUGGACGUGGCCUGCGGCACAGGCCUAGUGGCUGAGCUGCGGGCUCGAGGCUUCCUCCAGCUACAUGGGGUGAAUGGGAGCCUAGGGAUGCUGGAACAGGCUGGGGCCCGCGGCCUCUAUCAGCACCUCAGCCUCUGCACCCUGGGCCAGGAGCCUCUGCCUGGCCCUGAAGGGACCUUCGACAUGGUACUGAUAGUUGGCGCCCCCAGUGAUGGCCAGGUGCCCUGCAAUGCGAUACCUGAGCUCCUAUGUGUCACCAAGCCAGGUGAGGAGCAGCCCAGCCAAGCACCCCCAAUCCCCAUCACCAUACACCUUCCCCUCUGCACAGCACAGACACAGGCCCCAGAGUCCCUCAGGCUAAGCGAGGGGCAGCGUUCUGCCCAUCGCCACAUACAGCCUAGCCUAACAUCCCAGCCACCAACGGCAGACCCACGCAAACAGGCGGGGCAGACAGGUGGCCAGCUUGGCUCUUAUCCAUGGGCAACCAGGAGCAACUCCACCCUCCCCUGCAGCCUCCAUUUCCUAGCCCAGGAGCCAGGUGGUAUAAAUGCUACAAUCCCGUCCCCAUAGGACUAAAGUGAGAAUCAGGUGAAAUCCUGUCUCUAAAGCUUUUGCUUUGGUCCCGGCCACAGCGAGGGCUCAGUUCUGUUCCCUCCUCUGCCUGCUUCCUCACUCAUUCGUGGACUGCCUUCGGGGCGUCUCUUUCUCUUUCCUGGUCUGUUUCCUCAUCUGGGAAAUAGGGCUGCUUAGGGGAGAUGAGAGCUGUGAGCAUUGUUUGUAAACUCCACACAUCGUGCUAUCCAGGCAGGUGUAUCUCCCGUCUCCUGCUGUGUUCUUGCUCGGGGCUUUUCUCUGCUCUAGGCAGAGGGCUCAGACCCUGCCCUCUGGGCCUUGAUCUCCAACCCACUGGGGCCCAGCAAGGGGCCAGAGAGCACAGGGUCUGGUCAGAGGUGGCCCCACCAGAGCCGUGAGUGCUCAUUGCCCCCAGAAUUUAUUUACUUAUUUAUUU